AUGGCGAGUAAUUUUAUUAAUAUGAAUAUAAUGCAUGAUCAUUCGCCGCGUACACCAAAAGCUGAGUGGCCUAUGUUUGCGCAUUAUGAAAGAAGAAUAUCUAACGCUAAAGACAUUACAGCUGAAACUCUGUCUUAUUUUAAUCAGCAAGGUAACAAAUCAGUUAUGAUUAAAUUCAUUUUGUCCUUGCCUCCGAUAAACGUACACCAGAGAUGAUAG